AUGUCUAAUUUCAAAAGUCAACAUUUCAAGUUCAGAGAUUCAGAAAGAGAAGUUGUUUCUGUUUUGAUCGAAAAUUAUGACUAUCAAAAAAGAGAAAAAACUGUUGGAUAUUAUCCAAGGCUUUUCGAAAAAUUAAAAGAAAUCGAAGAUAAAGAUAACGAAACUAAACUUCGCGGGAUAAAGGAGUUUCAGCUAUUAGUUCAAGAAAGAGAACUUAAAAGAAAAAGUCUUGCCGACAAUUAUGGACAAA